CUCGCCCCGCAGCAACGUCCGCUAAAACAGUCUUUGAGCAGCUCGCUCUGCCGCGAGUCCCACUGGAAAUGCCUGGUGCUCACCCUCCUGAUGUUCGGCUGCUUCGGCGUCAUGGCCUGGUGCCGCCUCUCAACGGUGACUCGCCUGAACUACGACAGCUCCUACCGAGGGGCAUCGCUGGUGUACCAUGACAGCCCGUGCUCCAACGGAUACAUCUACAUCCCGCUGGCCUUCUUGGGCAUGUUGUACGUGGUGUACCUGGUGGAGUGCUGGCACCGGUUCGCCAAGGGGCAGAUGCAAUACCGGGUGGACACGGCCAGCGUCUACGAGAAAGUCCAGCGCAUGCAGCAGGCCACGCCCUGCAUCUGGUGGAAGGCCGUCAGCUACCACUACAUUCGCCGUACCAGGCAGGUCACCCGUUACCGCAACGGGGACGCUUACACCACCACCCAGGUUUACCACGAGAGGGUCAACACGCACGUCUCAGAGACGGAGUUCGACUACUCGGGCCACGGGGUGAAGGACGUCUCCAAGGAGCUGCUGGGCCUCUCGGAUUACCCCGUGACCAAACUCCGCUUUACGAAAUGCUUCAGCUUCGCGUCGGGCGAGGCGGAAGCCGCCUAUCUGACUCAGCGGGCCCGGUUCUUUGGCGAGAAUGAAGGUUUGGACGACUACAUGGAGGCCCGCGAAGGGAUGCACCUGAAGAACGUGGACUUUAAGGAGCACAUGUUAGUCUUCCCGGAUCCGGGGCGGCCACCCUGGUACACACGACGGAGUGUCUUCUGGCUGGCCUCUUUCCUCCUCCUGUCCUGGCCGCUGAGAGUCUUGUCCGAGUACCGUACGGCCAACGUCCACUAUCACGUGGAGAAACUCUUUGGGGCGGACGAUGGGCCCAGCCCGCUGGACGCUGCGGGGACGUACGGGCGGCGAAUCUCCCGCGUCAACACGGUGGACAUGACCGAACUGGAAUGGCACAUCCGUUCCAACCAGCAGCUGGUGCCCAGCUACUCCGAGGCCGUGUUGAUGGACGCCACCACGGUGGCGGGAGCCGCGUACCUCCGCAGCUGCCAACGCUGCCGGCGGACUGUCAGCAGCAACUCCCUGCCCUCGCGGGGCACCCGGGCCCUCUACGCCCGCCUGCCGUUCAGCUGCAGCCGCUUCUCGCUGAGCGGCGCCCGGCGGUGUGGGGGCAUUCUCCGGAGCCUUAGCGGGAGCCACGUGGGCAGCAACAACACGGAGACGGAGCCGCUGGAGAGCCCUCCGUGCUACCAGGAUGCGCUGUACUUUCCCGUGUUGAUUGUGCACGGAGGGGAAGGCUGCGAGCGCAACGGGCAUAGGCCCGGGCUGGCGGGGAGGGGUCAAGGGACCCCCCUGUGAACCGGGAGGCGGGGGAGGGAUAGUGGAAACUGAAGUUCCCUGAGAGAAACGCAGGACACAAAACAUCUCUGGCUUGUUUCCCUGAGCCAAGAUCGAACCCAUUAACCCAACUGCAGGGCUCUUUGGCCGACGUUAGUCUUCUAAGGAAGUGAGUUUGGGGGAAGAGAGAGAGAGAGGCCCAUUAAGCCAAGGUUCGGAUGUGGGAUUCUU